CUCGAGGGUCCAAUGACCGGAACCUCUUCCUCGAUGAGUCGAUAACAACUCUCGCUUGCCCGAAACCAAGUGGGCCGUCGCGACGGCGGCUCGGCCCCUGGCGGCUGGCGCAGUGGCGUCAAUCGCCAGGUCAGGUCUUUUAAGGGGCGACCCUGACUCCAUCCCCGUCGCGUCCUGUUCUCCUGAACAUCCGCGCGUCGCUUUGUCCUUGUCGGUUCGGAUUCAGGCGUCACGAUGUUUGGUAACGGCUUGAUGGCGUGGCUUCGGCCCUCUCCCGAGGCGGCUGUCCCUGAGAGCAAGUGGGAUCCCGAGACCCUGACGAUGCAGCAGCCCGCCAGUCCGGCUCGUCUGUCGAUGGAGGAUGUUGUGACUGAGCAGCCGCGAGCGGGCGAGUCGAUGCAGGUGCAGAUCCGUGGUGGUGGUGAAGGAGAGGAUGUCUGCUGCGGAGUGUGCGCCGGACUCUGCUGCUUCGAAUGCUGCGAGUGCUGCUGUGAUUGCUGCGGCGGCGACGACGGCCCUCCCGGCCCCCCCGGCCCUCCGGGACCCCCGGGACCUUAGGCCAUCUCUCGGUUGGAGCCCGAAGACUGCGCUCGCUAAUCGAUGACGAUCGGAUAUGGGGUUGGAUCGGAGUGGAUAUUGGUGGGAAAGCAGUGCUGUGCUUUGUAUCCCCAAAGGUUGUUGGAUGCGAUAUACCCUAUUUACCAUGCCUGUAUGCAGUAGUGUGGUGCAGUGUCA